AUGAGUUUUGACGAUGACAACGACGAGUCGCUCUUUGGCUCUCCUCUAACUUCACUGAAGCCGCAGCCUUACUUCGCAGUCAGAGACCCAACCCCUCUCUAUCUGCCCGGCAUGCGCUCCAGUCACUUGGCGAACGCCAACCUUGGUUUUGCGCAGGCGGAGAGCACAACUUCGGACGUACAAGCGCCUCAAGUACCUCAGCAGGCCAUAGGUACCGAAAAUAACGCCUUGGACGUUCCUAUUACACCGCAGACACCAGCGCAGAGACGGCUUUCACGAUCCGCUUCAAAGCGUUCCUCCUCUCGAACACCCUCUACAACUCAAAGAGCUCCCAUCUCUACCAUCAAUCCUGGAGUACCCGUUCGACUCAUUCCAACGAUGCCAGGUUCAUCGGCUCCCGCCGCAGAGACUCUGUUCGCUCUGCCAAUUGCGCCAGGCAACAGUGCCUUGCCUCCUUUGCCCGCAUUGCUCCUGCUACCGCCUACGCCACCUGUUUUGAACGAGCAUGGAGCACCCUCGGCCUCAGGCGAAGCAUCUCCAGCCCAGAAGAUGUGUAGCAAGUGCCGCAAAGUCAAGCCGCAGUCGGAGUUGACUUCCAUGACCCAUAUGGGCCUGAUCAAGGAGCGAAGCCAAUGCGAGCCGUGUCGCAGAAAGCGAAGAGAGUCAUCGGCUCGACAUAAGCUUCGCAAAGGGCAGGCAGAAACUGAAGCUGAGGAUACUCAAGAGCAGGCCCAGCAGCAGCAACUACCGCAGGGUGGCAUGUCGCAGUGUCCUCACCAUGGCUUAGACGAUAACCAAUUAACUCUGUCUUCUCAUCCAUUGGCGUCUGUCGCUGGUUCUGGACAGGCAACUCAGUCUAGCCCCAUGCGCGGCGGUGCAACGAAGAGCACCAUGCUUGGUUUCAGUUCUGCUAUGAGAGAGGCAAUCGACUUGACGUCUCCGACCGUUCCUUCCUUUUUCGACUGGCCUGGAGCCCAUGAACUUGGACAGGGCAUCGAUCUUGAAGCUGAUAUGGCAUUCCAUGGACUGCAGUCGUCGAAGCGACGCCCGUCGCCAUGCUCAAUCCUACCACAAGAAGCCGACGUGGAAGCUGGAGUUUCUCAAAUCCAGCAAGACACCACAAGCGCUUUCUACGACAUUGUGAGCGUCAAGACGCUUAAGACUCCCUUGACCAAGAAUGAAGAGAACUGGCUUCUCAACCACGAGCGACAGAAGUUCAAAGAGGCUCGCCACAAGUGCCCGUGGAUGAAGACGCAGGAAAAAACGACCCUGGAGUUGUACUGGGAGAAGAGACAGGCCUCGAUUGUUCUCGGGCUUGUGGAUGUGCCUGGCCAUGAUUUUCAGCCCAUGAUUGGGUAUUCGUAUGCCGAGGGUUCGCAUCAGAGUCUGCCUGGUGCUUACCCAGACGAUUACGACUGGCAUUGACUUGGGCUGGACCCAUGAAGAAGAUGAAGGAAUGGCUCAAAUUGAUUCUUUGUAUUUUGCGGGCGUUGUCUAUUGGGAAGAAUGGCAGGACAAGACAUUGACAGGAAUGCUUUCAGCUUAGUCCCAUAGGGGACAUUGACCAGCACUAGUAUCAUACAAAGGUUCGCGAACCAGUAGCAACAGGCCCCAAGACUCCUUGCUUCGCCAACUCUUCUACGAGAUUGAACAAAACAAAGUCACAACCCCGUC